AUGAGGACAUUCUUCGUUACAUACACUGCUUUCGCUUUCAUAGCUUUAACUUCUUUCUCAUGCACAAAAGCGCAAACAACAGCAAAGAAUCCAGACCUUCCGGAUUUCCAGUACAAUCUCACAGUAAAAACCGAACCAGAGCGAAUUUCACUUUGCGACGCAAACAAGGGCUUCUGUCAAACAAAUUGUGGUGGACCCGAAAAAGCUCCGAUGAACUUUUGCAAUUCGACCACAAUGGGAUGGGGAUGCGGAUGUAUUGAUAAAGUUCCAGAUUAUUUAGGUUACCAAUGGCCAAUUAAUUAUGCCCAUUGUAUCGGUUCAGGAGAAGCAUGUAAAGAAGCAUGUGGUUUACCUAAGGUCCUUCCCGAUAACAAACCAAAAUGCAAUAAUGCUUGUAUUGCAGAAUAUUCUCAAUUGUGUGGCACACCAAAACAACCUCCUGCCUAUUAUAAUGUUGCAGAUAUCGCAACUGUUCCAACGUAUGCUCCACCGGUUGAAGGUGCCAAGGGUGGAAAUUCAACCGACGGUAAAACUGGCAACGGUGGUUCAAAUGGUGGUGAUUCUGGAUCUGAUUCUGAAUCAAAGAAAAGUGAUGCUUCCUCAUUAAAUGGUCAUGUUGGAAAUGCUGCAGUUGCUUUAGCUAUUGUCUUUUCUGGAAUGUCCUUAUUUUAA